AGCUCAACUAAGUUCACACAACCAGAAUGUGGCAAAAUAUUUUAAAAAUUUCUUUAGUUUUAAGUGUGGCAUCAAUAACAGUGGCCGGUCAUACUCCUCAGGUAGCCACUAGUAUUUUGGAUGGAUUUGCUGAUGAUCUUAAUAUACAGCCAUUUGUUAAAGUUGACAAUAAACUAUAUCAUUUUGGACAAAGCAAGGUUUCAUGGUACAAAGCCUUUUUGAUUUGCCGUUCUUUAGGCGGAUUUCUGGCCUCUUUCGAUUCUCAGGAGGAAUUGACCAGCUUAUCAAAUUAUCUUAUAAACAAAUAUCCCUUAGAUCGUUGGUGGUGGCUGUCUGGCUCUGAUUUAGAUACAGAAGGUGAUUUCUAUUGGUAUCGUACCGGUGAACGUAUUAGUUAUGCUGACUGGUCUACUGGCCAGCCAGAUAAUAACGGCGGUCAUGAGAAUUGUGUUCUUUUGUGGUAUAAGAAGACGAAAUAUCAAAUGAACGAUUGGAGAUGCAAUCAGCAGGCGUAUUAUAUUUGUGAAGCUGAUAAGCCCAAAACUAUAGUUGUGAGUGUGUUUUAGGUGUGAUACAGUUGCAAAUUUUUAAUGCUGACAAAGUAAAAUUCGUUACUGAUUAAUUAAAUUUGAAAUUUCAUUUAAUAAAUUAUGGAAACGAA